AUGGGCGAUGGAGGAGCUGAGCAGGGAUGCGGCCCCAUUGGGUUGGCGGCAGCCGAGCGAAUGCGGGAGCUGGGGAACCGGGCGGAGCUGGGGAGCUCAGGACGCGCCGGAGACUGGGCCUGUGGCGGGUCAGGAGGAGGAGGAGGAGGAGGAGGAGAAGGCGGUAGCCGCGGGCUCAAGGACGUAGCGGGAACCUCGGCCACCAGCCCUCCAGCCGGAUCUAAGGCAACCUGCACUGAGAGCGAGCGCCAGGCGGGAGCCAACGAAGCGGAUUAUUGUCGCCGGAUCCUUGUCCGAGAUGCCAAGGGAACUAUCCGGGAAAUUGUCCUCCCCAAGGGUCUAGACCUGGAUCGACCAAAGAGGACUAGAACAUCCUUCACAGCCGAGCAGCUGUACCGUUUGGAGAUGGAGUUCCAGAGGUGUCAGUAUGUGGUGGGGAGAGAACGAACUGAGCUGGCCCGCCAACUGAACCUCUCAGAAACCCAGGUCAAGGUCUGGUUCCAGAACCGCCGGACAAAGCAGAAGAAGGACCAGAGCCGGGACUCAGAGAAGCACUCAUCAACUUCCACCUCUGAGGCCUUUGCUACAUCCAACAUCUUGCGACUGUUGGAGCAGGGACGUCUUCUCUCAGUCCCUAGGGCCUCUAGUCUGCUGGCCCUGACCUCUACACCACCAGGCCUGACCACCAGCAAUGGGGCCACCACCCUGGGGCUCCCCCGGAACUCCUCUUCAAACCUCACUGGGAGCAGCCCUACUGAGAGCCCCUCCAAGACAGGAGCCCUCUUUGGCCUAAUUGGGCCCCAAAUGACCUCAGCCUCAACCUCUCCUCGGCUCCCACCCCCACCACCUCCUCUGUGUUUCACCACACUCCUGGAGUUGCCCAGUGGGUAUGAAUUGGGCACUUCGGCCUUUGAACCGUACAGUCGACUGGAAAGGAAAAACAGUGGCCCUGGCAGCAAGAAGGCCAGCACCACUUAA